GAUCACAAAAUCCCCACAGAUACACUCCGUCAAUAUACUUUCCAAGAAUAUCCGCCGGCAAGCAAAUGGAAGAACAACCCAACAACAAUAACGACGGCAGCGGUGGAUACUGGUGGUGGGCGGCGGCCAGCGGUGUCCAGCUGGCGUGGGGAAUAUACUCAUUCCGUAAAGGCUACUCCGGUGACUCACGUCUGAUGCCAUUAAAAGCAUUUGGUGUGGCUUCUUUGUUCGUGGGUGCCACCGCCACCGCAACUAUCGGAACUUUUAGUGCCUCCGGCAUCCACUCGGUAAAGGAUGCCGUGGAACUUGGUGAGAAUAUAAGGUCUGGGCUUGGAGUCAAGGGAAGGGGAUGAGUGGAGUUACACUUUAAUCAUGUUUCUCCCAGUACUAUCACCAAGAAGUGUCGAGGUUGUGGCUAAACUCAGGUGUACAUAAACAAACAAUAACUUUUUAUUGGUCUAAACUCUUUCCGCUUGAGAAACUCCAAGGCCAAUAACUGCGGCUCUCGAAUAUUCAGUGGACACAAGGCUGGGAGUUGAGCUUGAUAUUUUAUCUUCUUUCCAACCCAUCACAUUCAUGGAAUUUAAGUUGAUGGAUUUUGUUUCGUAUUGGCAGGUUUUGAUUAUGAUUUCACUUUGCAAGUUCCUUUGCAUGCUGAUUUUUAACCUUACGAAUAAAUAGUUAGAUUGUCGUC